ACCCUCUGGCGAGGCUGGGCUCCGGCGCAGGAGCCGGCGCUCGCUGAUUGGCCGCCGGAAACCCAUUUAUUCCCUGACAGCCCCCAUCACAUGGAUGGUUGUCUAUUAACUUGUUCAAAAAAGUAUCAGGAGUUGUCAAGGCAGAGAAGAGAGUGUUUGCAAAAAGGGAAAAGUACUUUGCUGCCUCUUUAAGACUAGGGCUGGGAGAAAGAAGAGGAGAGAGAAAGAAAGGAGAGAAGUUUGGAGCCGGAGGCUUAAGCCUUUCCAAAAACUAAUCACAACAAUCGCGGCGGCCCGAGGAGGAGAGCGCCUGUUUUUUCAUCCCAAUUGCACUUCGCCUGUCUCGAACUCCGCUUCCCCCCAACUAUUCUCCGCCCGAUCUCCGCGUAGGGCCGUGCACGCCGACGCCCCCGCCCGCGGCCCCUGCAGCCCGGCCCCCGCGCGCGGCCCCCGCAGUCCCGGCCGGGCCGAGGGUCGGCGGCCGCCGGCGGGCCGCGCCCGCGCCCAGCGCCCGCAUGUAUAACAUGAUGGAGACGGAGCUGAAGCCGCCGGGCCCGCAGCAAGCUUCGGGGGGCGGCGGCGGCGGCAACGCCACGGCGGCAGCGACCGGCGGCAACCAAAAGAACAGCCCGGACCGCGUCAAGAGGCCCAUGAACGCCUUCAUGGUGUGGUCCCGGGGGCAGCGGCGUAAGAUGGCCCAGGAGAACCCCAAGAUGCACAACUCGGAGAUCAGCAAACGCCUUGGCGCCGAAUGGAAACUUUUGUCGGAGACCGAGAAACGGCCGUUCAUCGACGAGGCCAAGCGGCUGCGCGCUCUGCACAUGAAGGAGCACCCGGAUUAUAAAUACCGGCCGCGGCGGAAAACCAAGACGCUCAUGAAGAAGGAUAAGUACACGCUUCCCGGAGGGCUGCUGGCCCCGGGCGGGAACAGCAUGGCGAGCGGGGUUGGGGUGGGCGCCGGCCUGGGCGCGGGUGUGAACCAGCGCAUGGACAGCUACGCGCACAUGAACGGCUGGAGCAACGGCAGCUACAGCAUGAUGCAGGAGCAGCUGGGCUAUCCGCAGCACCCGGGCCUCAACGCGCACGGCGCGGCGCAGAUGCAGCCCAUGCACCGCUACGACGUCAGCGCCCUGCAGUACAACUCCAUGACCAGCUCGCAGACCUACAUGAACGGCUCGCCCACCUACAGCAUGUCCUACUCGCAGCAGGGCACCCCCGGCAUGGCGCUAGGUUCCAUGGGCUCGGUGGUCAAGUCCGAGGCCAGCUCCAGCCCCCCCGUGGUUACCUCUUCCUCCCACUCUAGGGCGCCCUGCCAGGCCGGGGACCUCCGGGACAUGAUCAGCAUGUACCUCCCUGGCGCCGAGGUGCCGGAGCCCGCUGCUCCCAGUAGACUGCACAUGGCCCAGCACUACCAGAGCGGCCCGGUGCCCGGCACGGCCAUUAACGGCACACUGCCCCUGUCGCACAUGUGAGGGCCGGACCGCGAACUGAGAAGGGUAGAGAUUUUCAAAGAGAAGCAAGGGAAUUGGGAGGGGUGCAAAUGAGGAGAGUAAGAAAAAUCUGCUAUACUCAAAGGAAAAAAAAAAAUCUUAUUACCCGCAGCCAAAUGACAUCUGCGGAAAAAAAAAACACCAAUCCCAUCCAAAUUAACGCAAAAACCGUGUUGCCGACUAGAAAACUUUUAUGAGAGAUUUUGGGACUUCUUUUUCGGGGACUAUUUUUGUACAGAGAAAACCUGAGGGCGGCAGGGAGGGUGGGGGAGUCGGACCAUGUAUAGAUCUGGAGAAAGAAACUACGCAAAAGUUUUUUAAAGUUCUAGUGGUACGUUAGGCGCUUCGCAGGGAGUUUGCAAAAGUCUUUACCAGUAAUAUUUAGAGCUAGACUCCGAGCGACGAAAAAAAAGUUUUAAUAUUUGCAAGCAACUUUUGUACAGUAUUUAUCGAGAUAAACAUGGCAAUCAAAUGUCCAUUGUUUAUAAGCUGAGAAUUUGCCAAUAUUUUUCGAGGAAAGGGUUCUUGCUGGGUUUUGUUUGAUCCUGCAGCUUAAAUUUAGGACCGUUACAAACAAGGAAGAAAGAAAUUUAUUCGGAUUUGAACAUUUUAGUUUUAAAAUUGUACAAAAGGAAAACUUGUGCAAGUACUGGCAAGACUAUUUUCUUGGUCUUGUUUAAAAAGGGCAAAUGUUCUAGAUUGUACUAAAUUUUUAACUUACUGUUAAAGGCAAAAAAAAAAUGUCCAUGCAGGUUGAUAUCGUUGGUAAUUUAUAAAAGCUUUUGUUCAAUCCCACCUUUCCAUUUUGUUCAGAUAAAAGCAUAUGGAAUUACUGUGUUGGAAUAUUUUCUUAUGGUUUGUAAUAUUUCUGUAAAUUUGUUGUGAUAUUUUAAGUUUUCCCCCCUUUUAUUUUCCGUAGUUGUAUUUUAAAAAAUUCGGCUCUGUUAUUGGAACCAGGCUGCCGAGAAUCCAUGUAUAUAUUUGAACUAAUACCACCAUCCUUAUAACAGCUACAUUUUCAACUUAAGUUUUUACUCCAUUAUGCACAGUUUGAGAUAAAUAAAUUUUUGAAAUAUGGACACUGACA